AUGCUCAUCCCAAAGCUCCCCUCCCUCUCCCUCCUCAUCGCUACCCUCUCUAUCCUCACCCCGACCCUCGCCAACACCGAAAAAGCCAUCUUCAUAGCUCCACCUCCCUCCCCCAACACAGCCCAACACCCUUCCCUCUCACCCUGGUACCUCACGUCCCUACCCACCCUCACACCCUCCAACUUCUCCAUCCGCACUCAUCUCGCAUCCCAGUUCCCAUCCUCCCUCUCGCCGGGCUCCGAAUCAUGGUACCUCCUCGAUGACCUCAACCCUGACCAACGCUAUGAAGUCCGAGUAUGCUGGGCCGCGACCCAACCCACAUCCUUCACCCUAACAACAUACUCCAUCCCCCAAGUCCUCGAAGAACCAGACCUCGUCACCUCCCUAGCCCACUACGAAAUAUCCCACACCCCAUCCGCAGAGGAAGACGGGAAAGAAAGAGGCGACUUCGAGACCAAGGAAUCCUCAAAGCUGCUCCUACGGGUCGUAACCGCCGCCGAUUACUUCACCGACGACGAAAAGCUCAUGAAGCACCCGGAACCCGUGCACGUGGAUCUCAUCCUCGAUCCGUUCCUUUACAACGUGCUACCGCGGUCGUUGGCGCCCACGGUGAUGUAUAUCGCUGCUCUUGUGCCGGUGGCGUGGAUCGUUGCGAGGUGGGUGUCGGGGAGGAUGGUGAGCGUUGCGAAGGCGGGUGCGGAGACGAAGAAGGAGAAGUGA